AUGCUGGCACGCAAGGUUCUGCGACGCGUGCUGCGCGGCUCAAAUCCAAGCGCCAUAUCAACCUGUACGCGACAGCCAUCACCAAGUCCUUAUAACAACAUCCCGUCAAAUCGUAUCAAUGGCCUCCACAGCAUCACAACAAAAAGACCAAGCGUCGCUCAAAACAUAAGACUAAAUAUCCAAUCCCGAAGUCUGAUCACGGCCGCUAUUCCAAGCUUUGCUGUGCCACCUCUCAUGUUCAUCGGGCUCCUACUCGGCCUAUGGACCUGGAAAUGCUUCUGGAUUAUUAUCAUGCAAAAUAAGCUCCUCUAUCUCUCCUGGCUGCCUCCAUUUACAAGAUCUGAGGUCAUUUCAGAUUAUAAGGCUGAAUGCAGACCCGUGCAGUGGGAGGAGAAGCAGAUUCGCAGUUUAGAUGGGACUAAAUUGGCCAUUUGUGAGGGUCAAAUUCCGGUUCCUCGGAAGGAGCAUGAGUCUGUUUCAAAUACUGCUGCUUUACAAAAUAAACACCUGGCGAAACCGAUCCCAAAACGGAAAAAUUCCGUUGUGAUCUGUUACUUCCAAGGCAAUGGCGGAUCGACUCCUAUGCGAUUGCCUAUUCUCUCUCACGUCUUGCGCGCAAUUGCGGAAACGUCAAGAUCAACUUCAUCUCCUAUGUCUGGCGCCGAAGUCUCUCAAUAUACUAUCGCUGCUCUAUCAUAUCGCGGCUACUGGACAUCAUCUGGUCGCGCCACACAGUCUGGUAUUGAGCUGGAUGCCCAGGCAUUCUUGAAUUGGGUUUCGGAAACAUAUGCGUCCCCAGAAACCGAUCUUGAAAUUGUGAUUUGGGGACACAGUCUAGGUGCGGCUGUUGCAAGCUCGGCAGUAUCUACAUAUAUUCCCCGCCAACAUGAGGGUCGAAUCUCCUCAGAUACAAACAAUAGCAAGCCCCUGGCGCCCAUUUCCAGGAUCAUUUUGGAGGCGCCAACAUCCAGCAUUAAAGAUAUGCUCAUCAGCCUUUAUCCUCAGAAAUGGCUUCCGUACAGGUAUCUUUGGCCGUUCUCUUGGAAUACCUGGGAUAUCAAGGCGAAGAUGAAACAAAUGGCUACCUGGAGAGACCAACCAAGGUCUCGAAUUCCCAACCCUGAAGCUACGCCAUCAAUACCUCGCUCGCUUCCGCCAAUCUUUCUUCUAUCUGCCGAGAAAGAUGAAGUCAUUCCACGAUACGUACCAGAGCAGUUAGAAAAGCAUGCCAAAUCCCUCGGCUUGGAGAUCGAGAGAAAAGAUGUCCGCGGCGCGAUGCAUAUAGAGGCACCACUCAAACUGGAUGGUAGGAAAGCAAUGGUGCAAUUUAUCCUCAAUGGCACAUCUGUGCCUAGGACGUAA